UUAAUAUAGUAGGCAGUUAAAAGUGUAAGUGAAGUUUUUUGUUAAUAAUGCCGAAACGCAAGAAAAAUCAUAAGGAAUCAAAGGAAGAACGUUGGAGGCGGAAAUUACAAAAAUAUGAAGGUAGAUUGGAACACAGAAUACGUAGCACAGUAACAGCGGUGGUGUAUCCCACUGAUGACGAAGAUAUUCAAGUUCAAGAUAUAUUACCUGAAUCAUCGCAAUACCCCGUAGACAAUCCGGUGGAAAAUCCAAUCGAAUCUCAAUCAGUGGAAGGCUCACAAACAGAAAUUCCGCCGUUACCGCCCCCGUCCUCCGGGGAACCUAACAGUGGAUCCCAACCAGUAGAAACCCAGAUAUUAGAAAACGGGAUCACAACGGAAAUCGGACCGGAACAAAACAAUAAUAAUGAGGAUUUGUUUGAUACUGAAUUACUCAACAUCUUGGGGGACUUUGAAGUAACAUCAGAAGAAUGGGGUGACGAUCUUCAAGAAGGCGUAAGCAAGAGAUUUCAACAAAUCUUACAAGAAGGCCUUAAAAAAGAGGUGAAAGAGGAACUUAACAAGAAGUACUUGUUUCCAAAGAAUACACCUUUUUGUAAGGCGCCAACUCUAAACCCGGAGAUUAAUACUAUGCAGGCCAUGACUGAAUCCUUUAAGCAAAGAGACAAACACAUGAUGUCUAAGCAAAAUCAACUCGGAAAAGCAUUAUCCGUGUUAGGAGGGGCACUAACUGCUGUUUUGAAAAAAAACCCAAACAUUUCAGACGUGGUUCGUAUUCUUAAUGAUUGCGGCAAACUUAUCGCCGAUUCACAUUAUAUGGAGACAUAUACUCGCCGAUCAAUGGUUAUACCAUUGUUAGAUAAAUCACUUGUCGAACCGUUUAAACUUAAUGGACAUUGUAAAGACGUCCAAUACUAUGAAGAAGACAGGCACUAUGAUUCAAUCACAAAAUACCCCCACAACGAGUGGUUUAAACUUCCAAGGACCACCAUUGCGGGGCCGUCAGCGCUAUUACCAGUCUACUCCAUACACAAGGACUGGGGUGCAGCGGGGCCAGCACAUGAACAGUGGACGGCGCCGGGGACAUCCUCUGCCAGCGCAAUUACCGCAAAUACGGCGCCCGCUGCAACCGCCGCCGCCGCCACUGCGGCGCCAACAGGCUCAAGCUACCGACCUUAUAAGAAAUUUACCAGCCAAGAAUACAUCGACCUAGACAGGGAAAUAUCCCAUUUAUUGAAUAUAGGAGCUAUUGAAAUAUCAAUCAACCCCAACAUCGUUUUGGUCCUUCGAGCCUUCGGAACAGGCGGGAUCAGUCGCGAGUGUCGUGAAUCUUAG